CGUAUAACUUUGAAAUACAGCCCAAAAUCAACAUUUUAAGUGAUACAUCAGCAGGAAUGUUCCAAAUAAAACUAGUGUUUGCCACCAAGAAAAGUGAAUCUUUUCUAUUAACAAAUAAUAUUGAUUUAUAUGCAAUUAACACAAACAAUGCUAGCUGGGUUUUUAAUAGUGAUAAAAACCUUUUAACUGAUGAAUCGCCAGUUAAUGAUAUUUAUCUUGAAAUGAAAUAUUCAAAAGCUGAAUUAAUUUUUGAAAAAGAAUCGAUAAUACCGUCUAAAAGUUUGAUUGAAGCAGUGACAAAUGCUCUAGAACAUGACAAUCCUUAUUACGAAUUAAUAAAAAUUUUUAAAAAAUAUGGUCAUUUCUUGCCUAAAAAGGUUAAUCUUGGAUGCAAAUUAUAUAACAUGUCUUAUUUAAUUGUAGAUGAAAAGCAUCCUGUUGAACAAAUUGGUGAAAAAAUUGAAUGGAAAACUCAUGAUGAUUUUAAAACUGAUAAGCACAAUGACAUUUUGAAUAUUUUAAAUCUGUGGGAAAGUAAAAUAAAAACGUACGAUUUCGAUACCUCACAUUUAAUAUCAAUCGACGGUACCAUUGUAAUGAGAAAUCAGCUUGACGAAUGGGUAGCAUCUUGCUUAAAAAGUAAUCCUAAUUCAUUGCAGGUUAUUAGUUGGAGCGAAUUGUAUCCAUUAUAUGAAAUAUUUAACGAAUCACUUUGUAAGGAUGUUAAAGGUAUUCUUGGAAUUAAUAAAAAAGUACUUAUGGCAGGGGUAAUUUCUGUUGAUGAGCUCGAAUAUUCAUAUUAUGUGAAAUUCUCUGAUACUUUGAAAUCUAAUAAUUAUCAUGUUUUUGGAAAGCUUAUGACAAAAGAAGGAGAACCAAAAGAUGAAAUAGUUGUCAAAUUCGAAUCUACUGAUAUCUAUGGAUUCUUUGCUAUAAUUGGAAAUUUUGAUUCGAUAAAAGUGAAAGAAUGUGCAAAUUUGCAAAUAACAUGGAUAUUGGUCGGAAUACCUGCUGAUAUUGGUUUUUUUAGCAAAGAUACGCGUAAAAUCGCAGUAACUUACUCAGAUAAUACUUCAUUUACGCUUCAAAAUGGCAGAAAAUAUUCGACUGUAUUAUUAAAAGUUCCUGAAGAUUUAUCAACCAACUCUAUUCUUAUUACUUCAAUUAAAUAUCCUAGAUCAAAUUAUGAACCAAAUUUUGUAACCAAUAUUAAAAGUUAUCACGAUAAAGUGAUUGAAAUUGAUAUAUAUGCUCCUGGAUUAAUUAAUGAGAGUGAAGUUAAUGAAAGUAAAAUCGAACAUAUUAGUGAAAGUGACGUCGAAGACAUUAUUGAAAGUGAAGACGAAGAUGUUAGUGAAAGUGAAGUCGAAAAUAUCAGUGAAAGUGAAGUUGAAAAUAGUAUUUGUGAAUAUUCACUUGAUUGGUGCAUAAUUCUUCCAGAAAAUCAGGAGGCCAAAAAUACAAACGACAGUUCUUGCCUAAUUUCUGCAAUAGCUCACCUAAAAGCAAUAG